UACCGGAUGUGACGUCGAUUUUUGACCUUUCCACGUUUGACCACAUGCGUUUGACAGACUCAGACUGUCGGUGGCUAGCUGCCAUUAGUGGCUGCAUGGUGAAAUUAAUACCGACAGGUGUAUAAUAUGGAAGUACUUUCCUUUUGAAGGGUCUUUGCCGCAGUAAACGCAGGGAACAAUGGUGAAGUAUUUCUGCUGCGCAGGUUUGCUCAAAAGCAACUGGGACCAAGUGUGUGUUGCUUUCUGGCAACGCUAUCCCAACCCUUACAGUAACCAUGUUUUGACUGAGGACAUUAUUUUCCGAGAGGUUACUCCAACCAACUGCCUCAUUUCCAGACGUCUCUUGACCAAAACGAGCCGAGCGCCUCGAUGGAUGGAGCGGUACCUCCCAAAGCACAUGGCCAGCUCGGCAUACAUCAUUGAGGACUCUAUUGUGGACCCUCUGAAAAGGACCAUGACCACACUCACGUGGAACAUCAGUCACGCUCGCCUCAUGUCCGUGGAAGAGCGGUGCGAGUACCAAAUUAACCCUGACAAUAGCAGCUGGACACAGAUAAAAAGAGAAGCUUGGAUCUCAUCCAAUAUCUAUGGGCUCUCCAGAGCUAUUCAGGAAUUUGGUCUUGCAAGGUUCAAGAACAGUGUUACAAAGACCAUGAAAGGCUUUGAGUAUGUGCUGGCCAAAAUGCAAGGUGAAACUCCGUCAAGAACCUUAGCGGAAACUGCUACGGAGCGAGCAAGAGAGACGGCGCUGGCAGCUAAGGAGAAAGCCAAAGACCUCGCCUCACAGGCCCACAAGAAACAGUAUGUGUGAUGAGUGGAUGAUGAUAGAUCAUUGGUUCUUUUGCCACUGAUACUGCAACUGAUUUAUCUUCCCCCCCGCUCCCUGGUCAUUGGUUAGACACCGGACCUCUAUGAGGAAGCCAACUCAAAUGGUGGGUGGACCAUAAAAGGCCUGAGCUGGGUUCAAGAGCCUGAUCCAACCUCUGAUAAUAUAUUGUACCUUUGAUACUAGAUCAUCUCAGUAUUUACCAUAGAGUUCUUAGAGAAAUGUUUGAGUAUGGCUUGGGGUGCCAUAAAAUAAUAGAUAACUGUUCCUCAGACCUUUGUGCCCAUGAACGUUUAUUUUUCACUCUGUUCCUUUCAGUAUGUCAUGUUCUGUAAAAGCUUUGUAUUAGUAACCGCUUAGAUUAGCAUACCACUAAGUGUCUGAUUAAUGUAAAUUCCUGUUUAUGAUUUUCUGCUGUUGAAUGUUUUGUCACAAAUAAUUGUUAUCUUUAAGUUCUUUUCA